AUGAAUUCAUCAUUACCAAGUUCUACUUCUAAAACAGAUUCUUCAAGUAAAUUUCAGAAAGAACGACAAACUAUAACUUUUCAUUUCAUAAAAGCAACAUCAACUUCUACUCCUUCAUCCUUUUUGGUUCAUUCUCGUCAACGAGAAAAUCCUUUAUUAAAACAUAUUCAUCAAAAAAUUCUCAGUUCAUCAAAUGAACAAUUAUCUGUUUGUCCUGGUUUAGGAACAUUAAAAGCACAACGAUUAUAUCAAGCAUUUAAUCAACCAUUUAAAAGACAAAAACAAAAAAUAAAUAUUAAUAAAGAAGACAAAAUUUUUGAUGAAAAAUUCGAUUUAGCUAAUAUUGAUGAAGAUAUUUAA